UGUCGUAACGACAAAGAGUGGGGGUAGUCGCCAUGUUUGUACGUUAGCUAGUAUGCCGUAAGCUGUCAUGACUGUUCCUGUUUACCGUGAAAGCGUCACUUUAGUCAAAAUUCCGUAUAUAUCGAAAUAAUUAUUACAAAUGCCUGGCACCAUUUGUAGUAUCGCGUCUUGUAAGAACAACUACCUCCGCGCUAAAAAGGAAGGGAAACCCAUCACGUUCUUCAAUUUUCCCAAAGAUCCCGAAAUUCGGGCCGAAUGGGUGAGGAGGUGUAAACGUGAUGAUAAAUUUCACCCCAAAUACAAGAGGGUCUGCAGUAAACACUUUGUUGAAGAGGACUACAAAGACAUCAUUAAAGCAAAAGUCAUGAAUGUUCCACCAAAAAAAUUAAGAGCAACAGCUGUGCCAUCACUGUAUCUUCCAGAAGAAGAAAGUGUUUCAGAUGAUUAUCAAAAUAUGGCGGAAACACACAAUAUCAACAUUCUACCAAUCAAACUAGAAGCUACAGACUUACCGCUAUUGUAUUUUUUUGUUGAAGACGGUGCUGCGAUUAUAAAAACCAUUCCAGAGAAAAACGCGACUGAGAAAAAAAUUUUUGAAUUUAAAAACGAGAUUGUUCCUGAUUUUUGUUCCACGUCACAGGAAAUAGAAGUUCUACCAUUUUAUUAAAACAAAAAGUGGUCAACUGAUUUUUGAGU